GUAAAGUGGUGCCCUACGUGGAGUUCACGGUGGCCCACGCGUCGAUGCUGACCAUCCUGGCCAUCUCCGUCGAGCGGUACCGAGCCAUCUGCCAUCCGCUGACCGCAGCAGCGACAUGCAGCAGAGCCAGGGCCACGGCCGCUUGCCUGUUGGUCUGGGUCCUCGCCACGUCCAUCACCAGCCCUGUCAUCGCUCUUACGGAAUAUGAACGAACGAAUUACGUAGAUGAUUCGGUAGUACCUGUUUGUUAUACUCGCAUCGACAAGCUCUGGGCAAAGGUGUUCGUUGUAUCUUCCAUGGUGGUCCUUUUCUUCCUUCCGCUGAUCAUCCUCGUGCUCCUGUACUGGAGGAUCGCCCGGCAGCUGCUCCUCGAGGAUAAGCAGCUGUGCAGAGACAAGCCGAACCCCAACUUACAAGCCAGAAAGCAGCUUCUUCGUGUGUCUGUUGCCGUACCGCGUCUUCAGUCUGUGGAUCAUCUUCACCAGCAAGGAAACGGAACAGUCGCUCGGACAGGAGGUGCACUUCAACCUGCUCUACGCGACUCGCACGCUCGUCUACGUCAACUCGGCCAUCAACCCCGUCCUCUACAACGUCACUUCGUCCAAGUUCCGUGGAGCUUUUUUCAGGCUCCUAGGCCUCCGCGGCGCCGACGGCACGACCUGGCCAGCGCCUCCCUGUCCAGCACCCUCAACAAGUCGCGCCACCCGUGGAAGAGCCAGAGGCUGCUGGUGCGCUGCAGCUACACGUGUCUCAGCUGGGAGGGGGAGACGCGCCCCCUGGUGGACCGCCGGCCCGCCCGAGCGGCCACCUGGGCCAGCACCAACGCCGCCAUCCAGCAGAGUCCGGCCGCCAGCCCGUUCCUGGCGAGGGCGCCGUGCACGCGGGCCGCGGUCAAGGAGGCGGAGAGCUUCGUCUGAGGAGAUCGUGAGAGGGAUUCCGACAGAGCUCCUUGCUCGCUUCUUCUCCCUUUUCAAACCCGGGAAUUUACGCUUUCGGUGUUCCUUCACCUUCGUUGUAAAUAUGUUAUUCGAUAUAUUGCGCAGAUCUGUUAUACUUAAGGUAUUUGGCUACAGUAAAUUCAUAAUGUAU